UUGAAAACCAUAUCCCUUGCAACCAGCCACACAAUGAAAGUACUCCUGGUUCUAACUUUCCUGGCCACUUUGGCUCUUUCACUGGCCUUUCCCCAAGUGGGACAUGGAUCUGUAAAUGGACCCAGCGGGCGCUUUCCUAUGACGAAAAAUUGGGCGCAACCGCCGGUUGAUCUGCGAAAACCCAUUAUCUUUCUGCCAGAGGCCACGCCCAUUCACGAAGCUCAAGAAUCGCGCCCCCGACAAGCCAAACAUCGCAAAAGUGGAUAA